AUGUCAGACGAAGAGGAUAAUGUAUAUGUCGAGCUACCGGUAGCUCAGUUCCCACCUUUCAAGUUGCGUUCCUCAAUGGUGGAUAAAGAUCCAGUCAUCUGGGUUCAUGAAAUUGAAGUUUACAUCACUUAUAUCCAGACACUACUACAGCUAAAAAGGCAGCUAUCACAACGAUCUGAGCAGCAGUUGUGCCUUUUUUUGAAAAGCUACCUUCAUGAGAUUGCAGAAGAGCAAGGUCAAAUAUUAUCACUGGGUCUGAUUAACGUUCAGAUCACACAAAAUUUGGAUACUCUAAGAAGCUGGAUUUUAGAACUGAUUAAACAAUUGGGUGUGUUGAACCUGAAGUUGAAUGGUGCGGCCUUGUGGCAUUUUGCAAAAGUCUACGCUGCUAAGAAUGCUACAAUUGUGAAAGGUAUUAUUGAUGGAACAUAUAAACCUAAAGAUAAAAAGACCAUAAAUUCCAUAUCAUUGGUCCAUAAACAUCUUGAACAUUUGAUAACUAAUGGAAAGUUCGAAAAACAUGAUUUGGAAACACUUGCAGUACUCCUACAGAAGUCGGCUAAAGUGCAAACAGAGUCAAAAGCCACCAAAGAACCGUUCCUAAAGCAGACCAAGGCUAAAAAAGGGACAUCAUUUGGUGAAACUUUUGUUACAUUAUCAUGGAUUGACAUGUUGGAAAAGUUACAUGCAAAUGGAGAAGGUAAAUUCUCAAAAUUGGUGAGAAAUCUUGCAGUUUUAUCAUUAGUAUCAGUACCCAUUGCUAAAGUUGCAUCAAUAGGAACUGAAUUAGGAAUAAACACGUAUAGCUCACUUAGACUAUAUCCAUUGUUCGGUGGUAUUAUUGCAUCAGAGAGCUUUAAAGAAUUAAACCCAGGUAUUGAACAGAGAUUUCCAUUUUUGAUCAAACAACCAAAAUCAGAUGUUAAUGAAGCAGAUGUCAAGACUUUAACAGAGCUAUUCCCAGAUCUUUCAAUAUCACACACUGCGAAACUAUUGAAGAAACAUAACAAUAACGUUGAAGAAGUUACAAUGCUUUUACUUGAACACCCAGAAGCUGCUAUUGAAAAAGAAGAAGACAAGAGCCGUCAUGUUAUGGAAAACAAAACAAAGAAUGUCAAACUUUUGUCGAACAGAAGCAAACUUCAAAAGGAAUCUGAACUUCAUGUUCCUGAUGAAUUGAAAAACAAAACAUUAACUUCUGCACUGAGAUUGAUGUAUGAAGCCGAUGAAGAUGAACAUGAUGAUACUUAUGAUGAAGCUGAAGCAGUAACACCAGAUGAAAAGGGUAAAUUCGAUAAAGCAGAAAAGAUAUUAUGGGAGGCUUACAAAAGGGAUCCGAAUGUUUUUGCAAAACCGAACAGACGCUGGAAUGAAAGACAACAAUUAGUGCAGACUUUACAUUGGUCACACGAACAAAUUGAAGGGUGGGCACGUAUGUUAGAGAAAGAACCAAGACGUGUUAGGAUUCUUGAACAGAAAUACCAGUUUAGAGGCAACAAACCACAGAGAAGAACUGAAGAGGAUGAAGAAAUUGCAGAGGAACGUAGACCUCCACCUUCAUCAUCCACAGAUUCGCACAAUGAUCAAAAUAAAAAGAAGCCAAAUCAAACAGUUAAAGCUAAUCCUGCAAAUGUGAAGAGACAAAACGCCAAAAAUGAAAAAAAUAAAUCUUCAAAAGCAAAUCAUAAUAGAAAGUCGGGCCAUGAUAAGAAAAUGGCUAGAGAGUUACAGUAA